AUGUCUGAGAUUAUUUUUCUUCAGAUUGGACAAUGCGGAAAUCAAAUUGGAUGGGAGUUCUGGGAAAAGGCAUUAAAAGAGCAUAAAGAUUAUCACAAAAAUGCACCUUACGACCUUUCAUAUAAAUCAUUUUUCGAAAUUCGCGAAAGAGGAUCAUUUGAAAACAUCAAAGAUGUUAGAGCUCGAGCAGUUUUGAUUGAUUCAGAAACAAAUGUUACAAAACAAUUAGAAACAUCUGCUAUUAGAGAUAUAUUUAGAGGAUGUUCAAUCAGCGUCGAUGUUGGCGGCGCUGGUAACAACUGGGCUGUAGGUUACCAUCAAAAUGGUCACUUGCAGAUUGACUCAGUUCUUGAGAAAAUCAGAAAACUUGCAGAGCCUUGCAACCACCUUGAAAGCUUCUUCAUGCUUUACUCCCUUGGUGGUGGUACAGGUUCUGGCUUCGGUUCCUACAUCUUGGAACGUGUUGCUGAGGAAUAUCCACGCUUAUGGAAGAUGGCUACUGUUGUUACACCAACAGAUGACGAUCCGGCAGUUGUAACAGCUCCAUACAACUCAUUACUAUCUUGCGCGCAUCUUUGCAAGUAUGCAAACUGCGUUUUCCCAGUUGAAAAUGCUUCAUUGCAAAGAUUCGUUUCUGGCGCAGAGCCAAAUACAAAAGGAGCUUUCAGUCAGAUGAACUCUGUUGUUGCAAACUUCCUUCUUGAUCUUACAGCAGGUUCUCGUUUCUCCGGAAAAAUGAACGUCGAUCUUUCCGAAAUUGAAACAAAUAUGGUUCCAUUUCCACACCAUAAAUUCCUUGUUGGCGGCAUUUCCCCUAUUUAUCCAAAGAAUCCACCGAGAUCUGAAAAAUCAUUUUUCUCAGAAGCGAUGUCAAACAAAGCUACAUUGUGCGACAUUGACCACUCACAAGGUACAUAUCUUAGUACUGCCCUCUUAAUCAGAGGAAAUAUCUCUGAGUCAAGUGUUCAACAAAACACAACUCAGUUGGCCGAAAAAAUGAAGUUCCCUAAGUGGAACACGGAGCAUUGGAAGAUCGGACUUUGUUCAACACCAUCUUUGACAUCUAAGAUCUCUAUCUGCUCUCUUUGCAACACUACAUCCAUUACAGGAAUGUUCGACACGAUUCUUGGAAGAUACACAAAACUUGCAAGUCGUGGCGCUUAUAUUCAUUUGUUUAAUGAUAAUGGUGUUGAAAGAGAGGAUUUCGAAGAAGCUGCUGAUCUCAUAAACUUCGUUAGAGAUGAGUAUGAUAGUGUUGCAACAGAGGAUGAUGUAAUUCCACCUCGUCCAAAGAUAUUCGUUUGA